AUGAAGCGCAAGCGUGGAAAGAAGGGAAAUUCCAAAAGUACCCCUAAGGCGGGAAUAACAGAGGAUGAUUCCAACAUUGAUAAUCUAAGUGGUGAAGAUGAAUCUGGCCCAGAUGAUAAUCAAGAUACUGAGAAAGACGAGACAAGCUCAAGAAUGGAUAUUGAAACCCCAUCAUCAACAGGAACUGAUCAACCAGAAAAACCGCCAGCUGUCAGUUCAACUGGAGUAACUGAUAAACCAGUAGGGAGAUUAGUAUACAAUCGGGUCAAAGUCAAGAUCAAAUCUUCAAAAGCAUUAGAACCUCAAAUCACUUCCUCGGAUGCACAUACACACAGUGAUACAGAUAAAAGUAGCCAACAUAUUGGUCUUGAGAAACAAAUAAUUAGUGACAAAGUAGAAGACAGUGCCAACUCAGCACCCGAAAACAAUGUAGGUGCUUAUGUGAAUCAAGCCAAAAAAACUGGAAGCAUAAAAAUAAAAUCAUCAAAGGGUUUUAGCUCAAGUUUGAGUCAUUGUAAUACUUCUGGAGUUUCUCAAACAGAUAAAACACAUCAGAAAGAACCCGUGUUACUUUCUAGAGAUUCUGUGUACAAUAAGCAAGAACUAAAUGCUUCUCUUGAGGUGAUUAAAAAGAUUAUGAAAAUGGAUGCAGCAGAGCCUUUUAAUGCUCCAGUGAACCCUGUUGCUCUUGGAAUACCUGAUUAUUUUGAUGUGAUCAAAACACCAAUGGAUUUUGGCACCAUAUGCAGCAACCUUGAAAAAGGAUUGUAUAAUGAACAUGACCUGAAAGAUGGAAACAUAUCCAGUCAUGGAAAGUCCAGUAAAAGUAGUCAUUCAAAACAUAAGUCAAGAAAACGUCAAGGAGUGAAACGUCAUAAAGAUGAUUGUCUUUGUGCAAUAUGUAUCAUGAUGAGGCGUAGGCUGGAGCGUGAGCAGAUUAUGAACCCUGGAAAUGAUCAGAUGGAAACAGAUGAUGGAUUGGUCCAAGUCAAAGUUGAGGGAGCUUCAAUGGUGGGAAGUUUUAAUGGAGAUGACACGUCAUCAAGUACAGACAAUUCACAAAAUCAAGAUGCAGAUGGUGACAUGGAAGAUAAAGGAGAGGAAGUGAAAAUGGAAAACACUAUGCAGAGUAGUAAACAAGAAGAAAAAGAGAAAGAGAAAGAGAUGAUGAUGAUGACAUCACAAAAAAAUUACGAAAAUGCCAUUGCUGAACAAACAGAGAAAUUUGAAGAUGUACAAAUGGCGGAAGCAGGUGAUGCGGUUAAGGAUGAUGAUGAUAAUACUGAAGAGAAAUUGAUGCAUCAUGAGGAUGACACGUCACCAGUUGAAAAUCAGAAGCCUAAGGAUUUGGGAAACGCAAGUGAGAAGGCGAAAUUGUAUGAAACCCUGCAGCAACGAUAUGAAAACCCAAUGGUUUUGGAAUUAUGCAAUUCUUUGUUUCCUGAAAAUCCGAAGUCUUUAUGGGCCAAAGCCCAUUCAUUGCUUCACCAUCAUAAAUCGCCUCACAAUCAUACCUCUUCAAUUGCGGCUGCAAUUGCAACAUUCAUGAAGUAGAGUUGCUAAAACUAUAGUAUUUGUUAACAACUUAUAUGCCAG